CAUGCAAAUAUGGACGCAAAUGUGGACGCAAAUGCUUCGAAAAUGCCGUCUAGAAUUUUACGUUUAUAAUGUUGUAUGAUAUCGUAUGUAUUUUGUUGGAGUUGGAUAAAUAAUUGAAACUCGAAAGGAGAACAAUUUGAACAAUUCUGAUGUCAUAAUUUGGACAAAGUGGACGUUAUUCAAGACUGGAUUCUGAGCAUACCCCGUCGGAUCUAAUGCUACAGUCCCAUCGGUAUCAUUUUGCUGCAUGCGUAUAUUCGUACGGACAGUUUUUACUGGUACUGACAAUGAACUUUUAUUCAAUGAUCAUCCUAUAUGACCCAUGCCUAAAUGGAAGGACCUGCAUCGUAGAGGGCGGUGUUUAUCGAUGCCUGUGUGCAGGGAAUCAUGUUGGACAAUACUGCCAAUCUUGCCGAGUAAGAUGGAACAUGCAUCGUCCAACAGGCAAGUUAUUUUACGACGCGUUCCGCCCCGUUGGUGGAAAAACAAGACUGUCAUUCAAAAUGCGAGGACGUAACUCAUAUAUAUCAAUCAAACUCGAAAGUGAAUGGUAUGCCAUUUUUGGGAUAUGCACUGGGUUUGCCACGUUUCGAUACGCUACCAUAACUAUGAUGAAAGACCUGGUGUGGAGCCGAAGCAAAAGGUCUGAUCCUCUCUCCCUUCGGUCCGGCACAUCAAGAUUCGACUCGUAUUGGAUUGAAAAGACCGAUAGCCAUUUUCAGCUGGGACUUGGUGGGAACUCGACUCCUGUUGUGAAGAUACCAUGGGGCAAACAAGAGGUCAUGACGACAAUUGGCUUGAGUGUCAGUCGUGAUACAGAGUGGAGAGCAGAUCACCCUUGCUUUCAUUAGCAAUAUACACAACCGGCGAACAUCACCCGUAUCAUCAUCAUCAUCCUCUUCCUCAUCAGCAUCCUCAUGUCACCACCACCACCAUCACCAUCAUUAUGAUCAUUUCAUCAUCAUCAUCGUCAUCACAACUACCAUCAUCAUCACCAUUAUCACCACCAUCUGGAAACCCAGCUAUACAGCUGUACAUUUACCCGUUGAUGGCCGUGAUGUAUUAGCAUGGAACAUACAUCAUUAUUAUAAUCACGAUCACCAAUAAGAACAUCAUCAUCAUCAUCACCAUCAUCACCACCAUCGUCAUUAUUAUGAUUAGAAACACACCCGUUGAUGUCCGUGAUGUAUUAGCAAGGAACAUAUCUUUUUUAACGAUUGGUAGGAAAAAGUGUAAAGUAUUCGUGGAUUAUUUUUUUUGCGAUUGAUAGUGCAUAAACAAGCGUGGUAAACAGUCCCA